CUCGCGAACGCGCUCUGCAUCUCCCAGUCCGUCCACAUUUACAGCAUGAAGUGAUUACCUUCAGAUAGGACAGCAGAGUGCUGGGCACUCACGUUCUCUGCAGCAUUCAACACCCAGAUGUCCAGCAGAGGACAACAAAAUGACCGACUCGGGGGGAGGAGUACGAUGAAACAGACAAAAUUCCCCAAGAGUUUGCUACGCUCUCAAUAUAGCUCACCUUUUCUCCUUGCGACAGGCAAAGCCCGUCUGGACUGAUAAAAAUUAACGAUUUGUAAAAUAACUUUUUUUUAGUGUUCCGUGGAACACAAUGAUAGCAAAUAACGGAUAAUCCCAGGUUAGACAAUAAUUUGGGCGAGCGUUUUAUUUCUCUGGUGCGUCUCCGGGGUCUGUUGGGUUGGGGAAAGCGGGAACGUUCCCGGCUGGGGUUAAAAGGACGAGAGGAGGCGUGUGAGGAAGCGGGCUAUAAUAACUAUCUUGAUUGCAUAGUGAUACGCCACCGGCGCGUGUACAUGCGCUUUUAAAAUAUUACUGCAACCGUCCACAAUGGCAAGUUUAGCAUUCAACACGUGUCGCGAGAGUAAUGAAGAGAGAGAGGGAGGUUGCUAGGUGACGGCGCGUAUAUACUGAAUUUUAACAAAAUAACUGGAGAGAGAGACUGAGUGAGUGAGAAAGAGAGAGGAAGGGGAGGUAAGGAGGGUGGGAGAGAGCUAGUCAGCAACAUGUAGGCAGGCUGAGUAAAGAGAGGUCGAGACUGUGUGUACGUACAAUUUCUUUUUACGUUUUUUUUUUUUUUUUUACCUAAGAGAAACAUACCGGAGGGAAGCGUCGUGGAAAUGGGCAGCUGUGGAAUGGAUAUACAAGUGACGAAGUGCCGCAGGAAUAACAGUGUGUCUGGAUCCUGAAAAACAGUCCUGCAUAAAGUACUACCCACCCAAGUGACUCUCUGGCUGUGCCAUGGCGGCGAGGCCUGCCUUUUCGUUCUUAUUGGCUGUGUUGGCGUGCACUGGGCCAGCCCAGCCCUCCCCCCCACUGCUGCUCCGCCCCCGGGAGAGAGAGAGGGACUCUGGAGGGGCUUCGGGCGGAGUCAACAUCGCUGUGGUCCACUCCGGCUCCUCCCACCUCCCGGAAACGAGCGCCGGGGUGGGGGGCGUGGGUGGCGCCUCUUCGGCGGGCUCCGGCUCUGGUGCCGGGCCAAGCAGCAGCAGCAACUCGGGGACGGGUUUUCUGAGUCGGGCCUGGUCGGGACAGGUGGGUGAGAGUGUGAUGACACCAUGGGGACCCGCAAACGUGAUCUGGCUGGCCGUGAAUGAAAGCAGUCCUGGGAGCCUCUUGCUACAGUUGUGCGAGUUACUGGCUACCACUCCACUACAAGGCCUUGUGUUUGAGGAAGAGAAGCCACCACCACCCAACCGGGCACCGUUGGCACCAAUGCUUGAAUUCGUCUCGGCCCAGACAGGAGUGCCUGUGAUUGCUGUUGGAGGAGGGGCUGGCUUGGGGAGGGAGCCACAGGAGAGCGGCUCCGUCUACUUGCAGUUCUUGUGCUCCACUGGCCUGCAGCUGGAGGUUAUUUUCGAAGUUCUGGAGGAGUUUGAUUGGACGGCUUUCUCUGUGGUUACCACACGCCACCACGGCUAUGAGGACUUCCUGGCCAUGGUAGAAGGCAUGAUAGAUGGCUCCUUCAUCGGCUGGGAGAGAAAGAGCGUGGUGAUGCUCAACCUGACUGAUGACCCCGGAGGAGCUCGUACACGCAGGCUGCUGAAAGAGAAUGAAGCACAGGUGCGACUGCUAUAUUGCUCACAGGAAGAGGCGGAGCACAUUUUUAAGGCUGCAUGGGCAUCAGGGCAGGCUACUCCCUCACAUAUGUGGUUUGCGGUGGGCCCGGCUCUGUCUGGACUUGGUCUUGAGGGUCUUCCCAAGGCUCUGUUUGCUGUGCGACCCCAGGGAUGGAGGGAUGAGCCGCGACGGCGAAUUGCAAAGGGGGUGUCAGUAUUGACGCAUGGUGCUAUGGCUUUACGUAGAGAGUACAGCGGGGCUCGAGGGACAAGCUUUGCUGGGAACUGCGUGACGGAUGGAAAUCAAACACAGAGGGUACCGGAUAGAAUCAGGUUCUUCAGUAACAUAACUCUAUCUGGACGGGACUAUUCCUUUAAUAAUGACGGUUAUCUGGCAAAUCCGCUCCUGGAUGUUAUCUCCUACACUGCAGGAAGAGGCUGGGAGGAGGUAGGUUGGUGGGAAAAUGGUGUGCUGCGUCUGCGUUACCCGCCCUGGUCCCGUUACGGCCCAUUCCUCAAACCUCUGGAUGACUCCCAGCACUUGCGUGUGGUUACUCUGGAGGAGAGGCCGUUCGUCAUUGUAGAGCCUGCUGAUCCUGGAACAGGCUCCUGUAUCAGAGACUCUGUGCCGUGCCGUCUGCCGCUCAACAACAGCAUGGUUGUUGAGGGCAUUCAAUCCAUGAAGCACUGCUGCAAAGGCUUCUGUAUUGAUGUUCUCAAGCGCCUGGCUAAAAUAGUGGGCUUCAGCUAUGACCUCUAUCUGGUGACCAAUGGCAGGCAUGGAAAGAACAUAAACGGAGAGUGGAAUGGACUGGUCGGGGAGGUGGUGUCCAAGCGGGCCGACAUGGCGAUCGGCUCCCUGACUAUUAAUGAAGAGAGGUCAGAGGUUGUGGAGUUCUCCGUUCCUUUUGUGGAGACUGGCAUCAGUGUCAUGGUCUCUCGCAGCAAUGGCACGGUGUCACCAUCUGCUUUCCUCGAGCCGUACAGCCCAGCUGUGUGGGUGAUGAUGUUCGUCAUGUGCCUAUCGGUGGUAGCUGUGACCGUCUUCAUAUUCGAGUUCUUCAGCCCUGUUGGAUACAACCGAAGCUUACAGAGCGGGAAAAAGGCAGGAGGUUCAAAGUUCACCAUAGGGAAGUCUAUUUGGCUGCUGUGGGCUCUUGUGUUUAAUAACUCUGUUCCGGUGGAAAACCCGAGAGGCACCACCAGUAAGAUAAUGGUGCUGGUCUGGGCUUUCUUCGCUGUCAUCUUCCUGGCCAGCUACACCGCUAACCUGGCUGCUUUCAUGAUUCAAGAAGAGUACAUCGACACUGUGUCUGGCCUCAGUGAUAAGAAGUUUCAGCAUCCCACAGACCAGUAUCCUCCUUUGCGCUUUGGCACUGUCCCAAACGGAAGUACAGAGGAGAAUAUACGGAGCAAUUACCCCAACAUGCAUCAGUACAUGGUGCGGAACAAUCAGAGAGGAGUGGAAGAGGCCAUUGACAACCUUAAGACAGGGAAACUGGAUGCAUUCAUAUAUGAUGCGGCUGUCCUGAACUACAUGGCUCGUAAGGAUGAGGGCUGCAAAGUAAUGACCAUUGGCUCUGGCAAAGUGUUCGCUACAACAGGGUAUGGCAUUGCCUUACACAAAAACUCCCGCUGGAAGCGGCCACUAGACCUCGCCCUCCUGCAGCUAGUUGGAGAUGAUGAGAUUGACAUGCUUGAACGACUCUGGCUGUCUGGGAUCUGUCAUAAUGAUAAGAUUGAGGUCAUGAGUUCCAAACUGGACAUAGACAAUAUGGCAGGAGUCUUCUAUAUGCUUCUGGUUGCCAUGGGCCUAAGUCUGCUGGUGUUUGCAUGGGAGCAUCUUAUCUAUUGGAAGCUCCGCCACUGUUUGGGCCACUCUGGAGGACUGGACUUCCUUCUGGCUUUCAGUCGGGGAAUGUACAGCUGCUGCAAUUUUGAGGAUGAAACAGCUCCUGGAGGUUCCCAAAGCACACUUCCUCAAUAUCAUCAUGUUUCCACAGUUCCUCCUCCUCCACCGCCUCAUGUGAUCUCUACAGCCGUGGCCAAUCCUCCCAUCGCUAUGGCACAACAACAACAACAGCAGCAACAACAGAAGCAACACCACCAGCAGCCACCAAUAUACAGUGCUCUUCUGCCAGGCUCCCCUCCUUCAGUUGGACAUUCUGGAAUGGCUCUAGGCCCGUCAAACAGUCCCAUUCUUGGAGCACCCAUGCCUUGCUCUACAUUCCUACCACGGCAUGAUCGUCGAUUAGCUGUGGUGGAUCGGUGGACACGUCCAAAGGUUGGUCCUGAGAAGCUUGGUUGUGUGAGCAGUGGGAUAACAAACUUAACACAAUUCGAAGGCAUGCCCCCUCACUGGGGUGCAGAAAUAAGUUUAGGAGAGGGGGGUCUGGAUGAGUACAAGAGAUACUAUGGGCCAAUUGAUCCAGAAGGCUUAGGGGUCUCUGCUGAACCUCAAAACGUAGUCACCCAAACUCCAAAAACAAAGCAUCGAGGGAUGAAAUCUUCUGGAAACCCACGGUUACCUCCUAAAGGUCAAACCUCUGGACACUUACAAAUUAACCAUGCUUUACCACAUCCCUCUCCACCUCAGCAAUCUAUUUGGAGGAGAAGCAGCUUCUCAAAAAGGAAGGGUUCAGGUGGGCCACUGUACGAAAACAUCCUUCCACUCGGAAGGAGAUGUGGUGGGAGAUAUGGAAUGAGAGAUGCUGGUGGAAGAAGAGGACGUCGUCCUCCUCCCCUUCCUCUGCCUAUACCUGUGCCACUCUCUUCCCCAACACAGACUCCACCCUCACCUUCUCCAUCUAUAUGCUAUUCAUCCACUUCGUCCAGCAGCUCCAGUACCUCCAGUUCAUCCUCUUCUUCAGAAUCAGUCUCCAGAUCCAAUUCUCCUUCAUCUUCAUCUUCGUACACAUCAUCCCAGAGCUUUAGAUACAGAGCAGAUGAACGAGAUGUGUAUGAGGACUUUGACACAGAUGAGCUUACGGAGGAGUCGAGCUUGCUUUUGGGGAGGAGAAAAAGUCGUUCACGUAUGUCUUCUCGUUCCCUGCCCAGCAGUCCUCCACCACCACCUAUACCACCCCGCAAACCUUGCGGACAGAGGGCACAGGUGAGAGACAGAGCAGGAAGCCAGAUUGCACAGCUUCAAGAGUGGUGGGCCUCUUGGGGAGAGAAAGAAAAGGCUAGAAGAGCAGCUGGAGAUAGAGAUGUUAAGGAGGAGAAACGACAACAUAAAGAAAGGGAAAGAGAGAGAAAGAGGAGGAAGAAGGGUAGAAAGAAAAAGAAGAGAGAAGAGCGUGAAAGAGAAAGGGAGCGUAAAAGACGUAAGGUGAAAAAGAAAAAGAAAAAAGAGGAGAAAUCAAGAAGAAGGGAGAGGGGAAAACGAUCUGAACAAGAGGAGGUAGAUAUGGACAGGAAAGAUGUCUUUGAAAAAGGCAUAGGACAGGAAUACACUUCUUAUCCUGCUCUGAGGCGAAGCUCUUUUCGAAAAAAGAGCGAAAGCUCUACAAGGAGUUAUGAGUGGGAUAAUAUCAGAGAUGGAGUUAAGAGAGAUAGGGAUGAUCAAGGUGGAGAAGAUGACGAAGGCAACAGAGUAAAGGAAAGGCAUCAGAGAAGCCCAAAAUCACAACGCCACUCCAGGCCAAGGUCCAACAACAAGCAUUUUUCUAGCUCAAACAAACCUUCUUCAACCGUCAAAUUUUGGAGUAGUGGGAACCCAACUUCUGAUUCGCCAUCGUCUUUUGUACCCUUGCUUCCCAUAUCUAAAAGACGAAAGUCUGUAGGAGCUGAAAGAGAUGAGCAAGGAAGAGGUGGAGAAAGUCGGCCCCUUUUGGGAAAAAACAAGAGAGUUAAGCCUUGCUCAAGAGAAGGCCUGUCAUUUCACGAAUGGGAGUCAGAGGAAGAAGAAGAUGAGGAAUCUGAAGUGGAAAGAAGCAGGCCAGAAGAACAGGGGCGACGACGAGAAAGCAGAGGAAUGGACUCUGAAUCUGAAAGGGACAGAGAAAAAACUGUUGAGAUAUACACAGAUGAUGAGGGUUCCUCAGGAGAGUUUGGUAAGUUUGAGAGAUAUUGGGAGGGUCACGAAGGAAGGGCAGUUGGAGGCAUUGGAGGAGGAGGAUGGUUCUUUGGCACCUACCCUUCCAGAGAAAGAGGAGGCAGUAUAAACAGUAGAGAUGACUCCUUUUUGGGAUGGGGUGGUGGAGAAAGUGUCCUGGGUUUCAGAGUGGGAACAGGGUGGGGAUCAGGAGGCUUAGGUUCAAACAAGUGGCCUCCAACUUCAUUGACUCCGCCACCUCCUCGAAAAUACUGGUCUGUUGAUAAAUUACCAGUGAAAACUGAAAAGAAAUCUAAAAGCAGAUCUCAAGAGAAGGGCCGCACUCACACAUCCUGUUCCUGCCAGUCACCCCAUCACUCUGCCAGCACUCACUCCAAAUGGAAUCGGGUGACUUCAAGGAGUCAGGAGGAGCUUCUCCCCCACUGCCACAGUUUCAGCAGCAGCGUAAGACCCAAACGGCAAUCAUCCAAAACGGAUCGGGCUCAGAGCCAGGCAAAAUCUGGAAGCCAAUCCAAUCUCAGUGCACAAAGACCACAGCGCUCAGACCGGUCCCGACAACCACCAUCCCCUCCUCAGAGUCUACCGCCAUCUUUACCACCACCAAUGGUCCCUGCACUCCCAGCCCCACCCUCUUCCUCUCACCAUAUACAUAUACCUCCACCUACCUCCUCUUCAUCAGUUUCCUCCCCUUCGGUUGUCUCAUCUACUCCUGGUGCCCCACAGCCCUCCUCUUUGUCCUCCUCUAGUGCUAAGCUCCAGUAUCAGAAACUGCGAUCAGUUCCCCAACCCCAAAGGUAUCAAUCCCCACAUCUUCCCCUCAAAACCAAAAGCCUGUGCUCUCGUCGAGGCUCUGCCCACUUUUCCAGUGUGGAGAGCGAGGUCUAAGGAACAUAAUUAAAUGAGGAACAUCAGCAAGUAGCCCUUAGGGGCGAUCAAAUCACCUGCUCAUGCCACAAACAGUUAACUGUUCAUAGCAGUCGAGAUGGGUUGUUUUCGCUGGCAGCCGUCUUUUGCACAAAGCUCUAAUGCUCAGAGACAAACCUGGAUUAGGAUGACACAUAAAUUGUAGCCCUUUCUCUUUACUUGUGUAAGAAUGGAAUACUGCCAUGCUGACAAAUCUUGUUGUUAGUGAGGCUGUUUGUAUAGGAUUGGCUUUGCUUUUCUUACUUCUUUGGGGCUUUAAGGUGGAGCGUCAAUAAUGUGGGUAAAUGUGAUUUUUUUUCUUGGAGUGUUUUGCUGCUUGAUGGCUCAGGAACGGUUUUUCGAAGGGAGAUCGUGAGGUCAAAAUACGAAGCCCUAACGCAACACACCCAUCACUUUUUUUUUCUCUCCUGCUCUCGGAGCUCUGAAUCACAAUGUAAUUGUUGUGUAUAUUUGUUCAAAAUAUCUCAAGGGACGCACUCACAAAGGAAAGUAGCAAACCAUUUUUCUUGACCUCCACCUUCCGCAAACUGAUAUCUUGCAUUCUGUGUUGUUGUCAGUGUUUGUAUUCCUAGCAACAGGGUAAGUUAGCCAUGACCGAUCACAUAUUGGCUUACUGAAGCUGAAUGCCAAACUAAAAGUGGAGCUGAUGUACAGUCCUAUUCUAUUGAAAUCAUUUCACAGGUCCUCAUGUUUCAUUCUCGUCCCUUGAGCAAUACAUAAUUAACUACAAACAACAUACAAUACAUAUAUUUUAUAUUUAAAGUUAUUUUAUUAUAUAUAUUAUAUAUGUUUUGUGAUCUGGUUCAAAACAGUUGUGUUGAGUUAUUAAAAUAAUAUAAACACUGUGCUGUAUUACUGAAGGGCACAUGCAAUGUUUCAACUACCUAUAAUCGGUGGCAAACCCUCCCCUCUCGACUGAAUGUACAUGUUGCCAUGACAACACAGUGUGCUGCAACCAAGACACUUUUAAGAUCUUAGCUUUCUCGGGGGAGACCUUCUCAUCAGAGCCAGUUAGGGUAACUUUGAAUGCUAAUUUUGAGAGUGCCAGGAUGACAGGGCUAGCCAUACUGCAGCACUGUACUCGCUAACCGAGAUGUCAGUGAGUGAUGAAAGACAUGUCAUCAUUCAGAGAGCGAUAAGCGAAGUAGAGCACUGUUUACAGUUUAACACUGUGUUUUUACACCUUUUUUACAAGCUGCUCUGCUCUGCCAUUUAUUAGCUUCAGACACAAUACUCAUAUUCUCUUAGCAAUUUUGCUUAAGCUGUACAAGUAGUAGCAACAAUAAUCUGGUCAAAUGAGAGCAAAAUAGAGUUGCAGUUUUAUGCUUUUACUAGACAUAUCUGUUAAAUAAAAAAGAAAAAAAGAAAGAAAGCCAGAUCAAGUUUUACUUUGAGGAACUGUGAGGAAAAGACUGAUUAGAUCUUUUGUUUAAUUUAGCUUUCACCAUUAGCCAAAAGCUAGCAUCUUUAUAGUGAUCGCUAUAAUUAACUGUGAAUAUUGCUAAGGGCAAUGCGUGUUGGCAGCAGGUCUGAGUCAACUAUGUUUCAUUUUAUUUAUUUUGUUUAUACACUAUUUAAAAUGCGCUAUCUUUCAGAGUUUCUUAUUUUUCAUAUUACUGGAUUUUGUAAUUUUGUUGUCUUGACAAAGCUAUAGCAUACUAUAACUGCAAAAAUUCCCAACACCUUUCUGAAGUAAUCGGACUAUGUUCGUGCUACAUCCAUCCAAUCCUUCAGGCUGUUCUAACCAGUGCUGGGGGUAAAACAUUGCAAGUAAUGCAAGUUAUGUAAUCAGAUUACUUUAAAAAGAAAUCUGAGUUUUCUGAGUUUUCAAAAAAAAGAAAGAAAUCCCAGCCCAGGUGAUAAAACGUAUUUCAAAAGUACUUUAUAACUACAUGAUCAAAUUUUGCAAUGCAUUAUUUUAAAAAGUAACUUUCCCCCAACACUAGUUCUGACUUUGGUAUGUUUUAUGUUUUUCUGAUUAAUCUGGUUUGCUAUUUCCCCCCCACAGAAUAUUCCAAAAAAUUACCAAAAUUAAAUGAGUAUAUCCUCUAUGUAUAGAUCUUUUAAGCUUUCAAACUGAAGUUUAUUUGAAACUUUCAGGCAGGGCUUUGUCAAGCCAGCAGCAAAGUUUGACUAAUUGAAAUUUGGUUUGAAGCACUGUAUGUUAUUGUUUACAUAUGAAUUUGUUUAAGUGCAUAUUUGACACAGAACCACGCACAGUCCAACAGGCUAAUUGUUUUUGUGUGUGUGUGUGUGCUUGUAACUGCAUCUGAGCCAUAUUAAGCUUAUUUGUUGUAUGCUAAGCUUUUUACAAGUAGUACCAAUUAACUGGGGUAUAUUUUGUUGUCAAUGGGCUAAAUAGUAAUGUCAAGAGACUUUGGAGUCCUGGAAACAUAAAGGGUGAUGAUUUUUAUUUUUUUUAAACACUGAUGACUUCUGUUUGGUGAAAUCGGAAGGACAGUAAAACAAAUCUUGUCAGUUCUGACCAGAAUCAUAACAAACUGCCUCACUGUCACAGCGUAAUUUGAGAUUAACAUUUAGAAUAUUUGGCAGCUUAUGUAUGUAUAUCCUUUUGACUCCAACUCUGUUGUGUAAAACGUGUCUGGAUUACUUUAUAUAUAGAUGUACCUCAUAUAUGUGUUUGUGACGUUUAGAUAGCAAUAGAGAAAUAGCUGUUCAGCAAAGCAGUAUAGCUGAAGAUGAGCAUUGUUUUUAAACAUUUCUCCCGGCAGACUUGAUAAUUAAGAUGUUUCAUGUAUUAGCUGUGAAAAAUAAUUUGGAAUUCUCUUUCCAUUCCAUUGUGCACAUUAAAGUCAGCAGACAGCUUUGAUAAAACAUUUGGGCUGAAACAUCAAGGACCUUAAGAUAAUGUAUUUUGUCUGUUCGUUUUCAAAUGAUAAAAUAUCAGGCAUAUUGCACAAGUUUUAGUAGGAACCGCCGCCACCAAGAAUCUUAAAAUGGCCUUUCUCUAGACAUGUGUCUUGUGUUGAUAGUGUCUUUGACGGUAAAUGUUCUGUUUGUUCGUUCGUUUAUUUGUUUAUUACUCUAAGAAUAAGUCUCUUAUAGGAGCAGCAGCAUAUAAAUAUUUACAUAUAGAUAUAAAUGAUAUAUUGCAACAAAUA